CCUUUAGUGCUCUCCGUGAGCUUGAGAUCGACAGAAGGUGGUUCCAGUGCUGCGUGAUCUUGUCCGGCCUCUCUUUUCGAAACAAAACGACAACGACCAAGACCAGGACAACGACAACGACAACAGCAGUAACAACAGCAACGAGAACAGAGUUUUACCCAAAGGGUCUCUUAGGGACAGUGUGCGUUCGGUUUGUCCCCUGGAUGUGUCCAAGGCUGGAAAUAGCGUUACCCAGCCUAGCUUUAUGACUGAGAUUUGUGUCUGGGCCUGAUAACCAAGGUGGAUGGAUGGUCUUUAGGGUCUCUUUUGUCUCUUUUUAUCUCGCACAAUCUACUCGCUACCUCUACAUAUGAGAACAGACGAACGAACAAACAGCCUAGAGUGUCUCCUCCGUCAGACUUAAUUUUCAUUUCCAACGAGUUAAGCAUGUGCUUGAUGAGGUGGAGACGAAGCAAUUAACUGGCUAGAUCAUCCUCGUUGGUUUAUAGCUGGCAGGGCUAUAAAAAGCCCCUCCCUAUUUGGACCCUAUUCGAAGUUGGCGAAAAAUCUGAGGAGCCCUCAAGGUUCAAGAGCAUCCUCGAUGGGCCAUGUUUUAAUCAUAUAUCGAGUGCACUAAGAAAAACAACAACAACAACAGCAACAACAAUAGCGAUAACAACACCAGCGGUCAUAACUCGUUCUCGAUCUUUGGGUCUCGUAGCUCACGAAAAAUGAUGGCGGGCUCAAAUUUAUUGCUCCAACAUUCCAUUCUUGUGCUUCAGAUCCUUCUAUCAUGUUCCUCCAACCAAGCUUGGAGUUACCACCAUCGAGACGAAAAGAUUCAAGCAGACAUCAAUAAACUGUACGACACCCAUCCGACUCCAAGCCACUCUGUGUCGCCUGAGGAUGACAACAUUGGUCGUAUACGAUCUCACCAUCACGGAUAUCGCGAACAGCCCUCACCGCCGAGCGUCUCCGAUGGGGACUCCGUUCCCGUGUUCGACCUCAAUAAUUCUCCUAAUGUGACCGCAGUCCUGGACAAGACUGCUAUUUUGAACUGCCGGGUCAAAGAUGUCGGCAAUAAGACGGUCUCUUGGGUACGAUACUCGGAUACGCAUUUGCUCACAAUCGGUCGAUUGACCUACACAUCGGACCUGCGGUUCAAGGCCAUUCACAAGAUGUUCUCAGAGGACUACUUGCUCCAAAUCAAGCCCGUCACGCAUCGGGAUGCGGGCCAAUACCAGUGUCAAAUAUCAACCACACCUCCAACAAGUCACACUGUCACGCUCUCCGUAGCAGAGCCCAAGACCUCCAUUCUUGGCGGCCCUGACAUUCACCUGAAAGAAGGCAGUACCAUGAACUUGACUUGUGUGAUUGAAGAUAGUCCUGAGCCGCCCUCUUACAUUUUCUGGAGACACAAUGAUGCUAUCAUAUCCUACGACUCGCCACGAGGGGGCGUGAGUGUCAUAACUGAAAAGGGUGACACCACAGCCAGUUUUCUGGUGGUUCAACACACAAAGCCGAGUGAUUCCGGGACUUAUUCCUGUUCGCCAAGUCUAGGACAAACCGUCUCAGUCAAUGUUCAUGUUCUCCGAGGCGAGUAUAUCGGAGCACGCAAGGGUACCAAUGCAGGGCAUUCCAUCAUGGCACGGCCACGAAACGCCCUUUUAAUGUUGCCACGCCUCCUACUCCCGGGAAUGCUCAACUUCCUAUUGGUAAUGCUUGUAUCGCAAAGCACCCAGCAAGUCAGUUGAAAGGCAAAUUGAUGGACUUUGAAGAUCGAAGAAGCAUUUUCUUGAAAGCGCUGAGUAAAAUGAAGGAACGAAGACACGGAAAGGCAAGAAGUGCUUAUUUUUCUCGCGUUUUGAGUGAAAAAUGACGUGCAGAACAUUUAUCGUCAGUCAAAAACUUCCCCAAGUUCUGUCUUGCCACUGUCACUCAGGGAACAAAGAAGGUGCUCCGUGAAAACCUUCUGGACCUCCGAACAUUUCUUGUGAAGAGCAGGUCCAAAUGACCAGCCCUCAUUUCCAAUCCAAGGCUACGCAUCGAAGAGGGACUUUCCGCGGCGUUUGUGUGAGGUUGCAUUUUUUUAGUAUUCUGGAAUCGUCACGCUACUUCUUGAAGCUAACCAAUGGUCUGAUGAUAUUAUCAUGGUGACCGAUCGAGAAACAGAGACACAUUCGCAAAUCUCUGACCCAUAAAUUGAAACAAAAUAUCACAUUGUUGUCAAAUUUCAACCCACCCCUUCUCCCCGAAGAGCAAUUAUGAAUUACAACCUGUUACAAGUUAAAUACGCAAAACUAUCGAAGGAUACUAUAGCCCGCGAUAAAUGAUUGUUUCAAUAAAUGUUACGAACGUUUCAUGCAAUAUCUGAGUAUUGAGAGAUUCCUUCAUUCUAAUAUUUAAAACCAUAUUCCCUAACAAUUCUGAUAGUGUGAGUGGUACUGAAAUAAAGGAACUUACCACA